CUGAUUGGUCAGUAGUUGGACAGGUGACUGGCUUUGUUCUCUCGGACUCCUCAGCGGGUUAGCCGCUCAGCGCCAGUUACCAUGGUGAUCUACGCCGGUAAGAAGAGAGGCAGCAAGACAGUCCACAGAGGUUCUGUCGCAUCGGUUCUGUCUCGCGGACAUGGACGGACACACUUGGUCCAGGCUGCUGCUGCUCGCCGCCCUGCUGAGCUCCGUUGCGGCCAAGAGUGUCCCGGUGUACGUGGUGGUCGGCGAGCCGCUGGUCCUGACGCCUUCCGGGUCCGGGCCCUUGAGCAGCAUCGUGUGGGAUCUGAACGGAAACCUGGUGGCCGAGUGGGUCAAGUCCGACCCGGCGGUCGAGUCCGACCUGGAAUUCUACAGGUCGUUUAAAGGACGCGCGAACCUGAACCUGGCGACCGGACAGCUGGUGAUCGAGAACACGACUGGAGCUGACUCAGGGCUUUUUAAAGUGACGAUCAACAAUGUGAAGCAGAGUCUGACUUACCAGGCCCAAGUGAUCAAGAGAGUGCCCGAGCCCGAGGUGCAGAUGAGAACCCUGACCUGUUCCCCCGACUCCAGCAGCUGCACCCUGACCUGCUCUGGAGACGCCACCGGGGCCGGGGCCGUCACCUACAGCUGGAGGAAGGGAACCGGACCGUGGGGGCCGGAGCAGAAGAGCCCGGACACCAUCCUCCAGAACGACAAGGAGGUGCAGGGUGUAAGAACGAUCUCCUGUCGGAUGACAAACCCAGUCGGCAUGGAGGAGAGCGAGCCCCUAGAGAACCUGUUCUACAAGGAUCCACCUCCUGGUCAUGUAGUCGGGAUGGUUCUUGGUGUCCUCUCCGGGAGUCUUGUGUCUGUUGGUGUUGGGGUUUGGAAGCGACAAGCCAUCAAGAGCUUGAUGUGCCCAAAUCCAGGAGGAAGUUAAAAAAUGCUCUGACAGAGGUGAGGUCCAGUUCUUCUGCUGCGGCUGUUGACUCAACCUCUCAACGCAGAGUGAAGUGAAGCUUCCUCACAGCCUUAGUCAGAUCCUCGUCCUCCGAUCCUCUUCAUACUUUAAUCCAAAACAAAACAGCGGCGUUGUGAGAACAGUAUGAAAUAACCAGAUAGAACUCCAGCUGCUUUCAGACAUGAACUGAAGUCCGGACAUUUUCCUAAAAUCUUCCGCAGGAUCUGUAUGUUCCAGAAAUGUUCCUGUAGGUGUGAACACGUCUGACUCGGACACGUCUGCCGCCGCGUUCGUCAUGUGUGAAAGGCAAACUGUCAUGUUCCGAAACCUCAUGUCUGAACACAGCUUCAGUAGAGCCAGACCUCUGAGCCUGGGACCCAGACAAAUUCUGGGAGCCCACUUAAAUUUGCUCUGCCAGAAUACGGUCUGGAACUCCGCCAUUGGGAAGUGAUUUCCCCUAACCCUAACCCUAACCCUAACCCAGAAAACUUGCGAUCAAUCACAACCCAUUAUCUGAUAAUGGCACGCGGAUGGAAGCGACUUCCAUCCGUUUUCUGCCGGGGGGGAAUUCACUUCCUGUUGUCCAGCAGAGGAAAUUGAGAUUUUCUUCAGACUGAACUUUCUGAUUGGAUGUUUUUUUUUUUACAGUCCUGCAACACAGCCACAGAGGGGGGAUUUAUUUUUCACAAUGUCAGCGCAUUUAAUUUAUUCACAUCGGCCACUCAGCAUCAGUCGCCAUGGUGAUGUACCCCGGAAAAAAGAGAACCGUCUUCGUCGGACGGGAAACCAGAGUUCAACCUGAAGUAACCACGAUGUGGUCGAAUUGUCCUUCCUAUCUACUAUUCCUUGACCUCAAGUUGAAAACGUAAUGAGGUCAAGGAGAGGUGUAAAGGAGGACUGAUAGGAAUUAGGAAAGAAUUAGCUCAGUCUCCCAGACAAGAUGGCGGCGCCAUUCGUUUCAACGGGAGUUGCUCACCCAGGAAAAGUUUUCUGACUUCAGUGCAACUUCCUGGACAUGGGCCGACGGAUUCUGCAGAGUAGCGUCUCUCCUGUCGUGCCUCUGGGUUAUGAGGAAGAGCGAACCGCGUUCUGGAUCUCGCUCUGCGCAUCCAUGAACGCCACAGGCGAUGCUACGCUACAUCCUGUGCUAGUGGCCUUCGCGGAUGUCUUACUCCAUGGAGAAUCUCCGAGAGAGACACCGUCUCCUCCUACAGUCACAUGACCUGUCAGGAGUUCAUUCACCAUGUACUUAUUUAUACUUUAUAUAUAUUCAUUCAUAGCGCAGCAUAUCAGAUGCAAUAUGUUGAUUUGAGCCAGUGAUACACUGAUAAGAAUUUUCGGAGCCUCUCUACUUUGAUCCUCCUCAGUUUUUUUGAUUUUACAUAUAUUCAUAAAUAUCUUUAUUUUGAAUAGUCACUGUCAAAGACCAAACUGUAUUGAAUAUAGUCAAAUAAAAAGCGCCACAUGUAGUUUGUCCAAUAGACUAGCUGAUUAGCAUGUUGCAUGUAUGUUUACUGUAUGUGGACUGCAGUAAAGCAAAUAUGACAAAAUAAAUGUAAUCUUUUGUGA